AUGAGCGCACCUAAUGACACGAAGAGUCCUCAGGGCCCUCAAGCUCCCAACAUGUUUGAUGCACAGUCAACUCAGCAACUACCCUCCUACAACCCUUAUUACUCGCAGCAGUACCCUCAAGUUCAACCCUACCCUGUAGGACAAGGGCACACCCUCGUUGCCUCUCGUCCUUCGCCUGCCCGACGGUUUCUCCGAGCGCUUGCUUUUGCCGUCUUCACCUGGGUCCUGCUGGGCCUCUUCACGCGCACCUUUGUCGGCAUGGUCCACUGGCGUCAUAAACACCACCACCACCAUCCUUCUAAUCGUGAGGGCGACGAUUGGCCACCUAUUCGUUUCCCACCUGAUAUCGAAUUGGACCAAUGCGUCUCGAAGACCGGAUGGACAGAGUCUGACAAGAGCUGGCAUAGCUUCCCGUACAGUUCCGAAACCUCCUUUGACCUCCCGGUUGACGCCACCACCCUGUCGUUGCUCGCACAAGGUCCUGCGUCUGCUGGAGAAGCUACUAUCGUAACGUCGCCUGAUCAAGAGGAGGGUAUCGUCACUUAUCGCGUCAUCGUCCACUACUAUCGUGAAUACAUCCGCGAUGCGGCCGACGUAUGCUCGUUCAAUCGACAGAACGGCGAGAAAGGUGUGGGCAUCUUUAAUCCUGAGUGGCCUUACAAGCGUCGGCAGAGGGAAGAAUUCCUGUUCUUUGAAACCUUCGUCAUUCUUCCUGAGCCUAAAGACGAUACUCGUCUCUUCAUCAACAAUUUCGUUACGGACGUCCCGAACACCCGCCAAAGGGUCGGCGACCUAUUCUCCAAGGUUCUUUUUGACAAGAUCUUGCUUCAUGGAUCCAAUAUGCCCAUUGAAGUUGCUUCGCUGGCUGCUACCUCUGGAACCAUCAAGACAAGCAACGGCCCUAUCAAGGGUGUCUUCAACACCACCAGGUCGCUGAAGCUCAUUACCUCCAACUCUCCGAUAGAGGCCCACGUUGGUCUGACAGACGACAAGGAUGGCUCAAGCCCCGAGCUCGUCGCCGACACCUCUAACAGCCGCCUCGAUCUGACCAUCAGCCUCCUCACCGAGUCCGAGUCAGGCACGGGCGGUGUGUACACCGUCAAUGGCCACACGAACAACUCGCCCCUGCGGAUCUCCUUCCCCACUGCCCCAGUCGAGUCUAGGCUCGCUCUUACAGCCACGACGAACAACAGCCCCGCGACUGUCGAACUCCAUCCGACGUACGAGGGCACUGUCUCGAUCUCCACGAGUUCCUGGUUCGCUGCCGAGUUCCGAUGGGAUGGCGACGUGGAGGACCCGAGCGGAAAGGGGAGACACAGGUUGGUGGAUGCAUCUUCUCGUCGGAGGGGCGUGUUCGAGGGUGCUAUCCAUUGGGUUGACGGGUCCGGGAGAAAGAGAGACCCUGCCACCGAUGGAAGGGUUGCGGUGCACUCAAGCAAUUCGCCUGUGAGAGUACAUGUGUGA